CCACAGUUUCACAACAUUCUGCAAGCGCAUCAGUGCCGUCAACAGAGUUCCCUCCGGUCCGGCGAAUUUUCAAGCCCAAUGUCCUCGAAGCAAACCGCCGUCCACUGGUUCCGGAAGGGGCUGCGGGUGCACGACAACCCGGCGCUGGCCGCCGCCGUCGACCGGGUUCGCGGGCAACCGUCCAAGCUGGUCCUGCGGCCGGUGUUCAUCCUCGAUCCGGGCAUAAUCCGUUGGCUGCGCGUUGGCCCGAACCGGUGGCGCUUCCUGCAGCAAACGCUGGCCGAUUUGGACGCCAACUUGCGCAAGCUGAACAGCAGGUUGUACGUGGUGCGUGGGAAUCCGGAAGAAAUGUUUCCGGAACUGUUCCGGGAGUGGAACGUGACGCUGCUGACCUUUGAGCAUGAUAUCGAGCCGUACUCGGUGAAGCGGGAUGCCACGGUCAGAGAGUUGGCCCGGCAAGCCAAGAUUGAAGUUCAGGUCGAGAAGUCGCUCACAAUUUACGAUCCGGACGAGAUUUUGAAAAAGAACGGCGGGAAGAUUCCGUUGACGUAUCAAAAGUACGGCAGUUUGGCCUCGAUGUGCAAGACGCCUGGGCCGAUCGGGGUUCCGGACAAGGUUCCUGCGGAAUCGGUUCCGGAGAAGGAUAUAAGAGAGCGGAAAGAUGGCAAAUGUUACGACCCUCCGACGCUGGACGAAUUGAAGGUUCGGCAGGAGGAUUUGGGCGAGUGUAAGUUCCCCGGGGGUGAAACGGAAGCCCUGCGCCGACUGCAAGACUACAUGCGCCGGAAGUCGUGGGUUUGUGCCUUCGAAAAGCCCAACACUUCACCAAACUCGCUGGAACCGAGCACAACCGUGUUGAGUCCGUACGUGAAGUUUGGCUGCCUCAGCGCCCGGCUGUUUAUGGCCGAACUGAAGAAGGUUCUCGCCGGUCAGAAGCACUCCCAGCCGCCAGUCUCCCUCGUGGGUCAGCUCAUGUGGCGCGAAUUUUACUACUGCGCUGCCGCGGCCGAGCCCAACUUUGACAAAAUGGUCGGCAACAGCGUGUGUCUGCAGGUCCCGUGGGAAACCAACCCGGAACAUUUGGCAGCGUGGACGCACGGCCGGACCGGCUAUCCCUUCAUCGACGCCAUCAUGCGGCAACUCUGCCAAGAAGGGUGGAUCCACCAUUUGGCCCGCCAUGCCGUCGCCUGCUUCCUCACCCGGGGUGACCUCUGGAUCUCGUGGGAGGAAGGCCAACGCGUCUUCGAAGAACUCCUUCUAGACGCCGAUUGGGCAUUGAACGCAGGGAACUGGAUGUGGCUUUCCGCGUCCGCCUUUUUCCACCAGUUCUUUCGCGUCUACAGUCCGGUCGCGUUCGGCAAGAAAACCGACCCCGAAGGCAAAUACAUCAAAAAGUACGUCCCCGAACUCGCAAAAUUCCCCGCCGGCAUCAUCUACGAGCCGUGGAAGGCCAACGCCGAAACGCAAAAGAAGCUCGGCUGCAUCAUCGGCAAGGAUUACCCCCAUCGAAUCGUAAUCCACGAAGAAAUCUCCAAGAAAAACAUCUCCCGAAUGUCCGAAGCGUACCGGAAGAACAAAGCCUUGAAGGAGGGAGGGGCGGCGACGACGAAGGAGGUGGACAGCAAAUCGGAUGCCGGCAUGGAACCGACUCCGAGCGGGAAGAAGCGAAAGGCCAGCAGCAGCAGUUCGACGCCGAAGAAGCCCAGCCCCAAGAAGAGUAAGCUGCAGAGCAAGAUGGAGAAGUUUUUGAAGAAGAAGUAAAGUUGGUGGAAGGCAGCGACGAAAAUACUCAUUUUCUGAUUAAAAUUGAGGAUUGUCCUAAAUUA